AUGGGCAACGACGAUGGCCAAAUGGCUGUGGUUGAUGCGCAACUACGGGUACGAGGAGUUGAUAAUCUUCGGGUCGUAGAUGCCAGCAUCAUGCCGACGCUGAUGGGUGGGCACCCGCAGAUGGCUGUUUAUGCUAUCGCGGAGAAAGCUGCCGACAUGAUCAAAAAGUUUGCCUAA